GGGGCACAACUGUGGGCAUUGAUACUUGUCAACUUGGCAUUAAUAAGCGAGUGAAGAAAUCCGUCAAAGAAGGGACGAUGGCGAGAGGUGGUCGAAGUCUGCGGAGAGUAGCCGAGUGCAUUAAACAACUCCCUUCUGCAGCUGGCCGGGAAAUACAGACUAGGAACAACGUGAGAUACCUGUCAUCAUGCGGGAUCCUGAUGACCCGUGUACCCCCCCUGCUGGGUGCAGCCAUGCCAGGCCGUGGCAUCCUGUUGCCUGCCCGCAGCUUCUUUAACCUCGCUGAUUCGUUCUCCAAGAGGAAGGAGUAUUCAGAGAGGCGCAUCAUCGGGUAUUCCAUGCAGGAGAUCUAUGACGUGGUGGCCGGGGUGGAAGACUACCGCCUCUUUGUGCCCUGGUGUAAGAAGUCUGAUGUGGUGUUCAAGCGAGCUGGAUUCUGCAAGGCCAAACUAACUGUAGGCUUUCCACCUGUGGUGGAGAAUUACACCUCCCUGGUCACUACAGUCCGCCCCCACCUGGUCAAGGCGUCCUGUUCAGAGGCCAAACUGUUCAACCACCUGGAGACGGUGUGGCGUUUCAGCCCCGGCCUCCCCGGCUACCCUCGUACCUGCACUGUGGACUUUGCUAUCUCCUUUGAGUUCCGGUCCCUCCUCCACUCCCAGCUGGCUCACGUCUUCUUCGACGAGGUGGUGAAGCAGAUGGUUUCGGCGUUUGAGCGCCGCGCCUCCAAGGUAUACGGCGCAGAGACGGUCAUCCCCCGCGAGCUCAUGUUCCACGAGAUUCACCACACGUAGCGUCUCCCACCACUGCACAAACACAUGAAAUCCACGAGACAGACACAACGAUCAACGCCUAAUGCCAGAGAGAAACAUGAGGGAGAGAGGAGGAGUGUUAGAGAGGAUGAAGAGGAAAACUGAAACCUGCAGUGCCUUUCUCACAACCAAGACCAAAGUUAUUCCCAACUAUUUCCUUUCUCACAUUUUAGCCCUGAUGUUCAGCUUUUUUUAGUUCAUGGUGACACAUCACACUGGACACUUCAAAUACGGUGUGUGUGUUUGAUUCCCACUUUGUUUAUUGUCUUUCUCUCCAGUGGCACAGAGUUCAGGUUAUAUGUUAUCAAUAUAUAUUGUCAAAUUUUGUAGGAGAGAAGGGAGUGGUGUUUAAAGGUAAAUCUUCUGUUCCUUUGCCCAUAUAUUAGUUUUAUUUUGAAGCAUCGUGCGAGAAGUGUGUGUGCAUUUCAGGGUUGGAAACCCGAUUUAGGUGAUGCUUUGUGUUCACCUGAAGUCACAGCGGGAGUUUCACGUGUCAGCCAGUUAAUUGCUCGUCUCAGGUCCACACGUGACCUCGUGUAACAUAAGGAUAGAAAAUUCCUUAACAAGGUCGACCUCAUUACAUGUACAGGUCCAUGUGGAACCUCAAGGAUCAGCUGGCCCACAUCUGAUGUGAGUGGGAAAGGAUUAUAGGUGAGAGCUUGACUCAGCUGUGAUCAGUUAGAAAGUGCUCGACAUGAAGUAAUGCCUGGCGGCAGAGGACUCACUUUGGAGUGUGUUCUGCUCUACAGCUUGUCACACACUCCUCUCUGCAGUGAUUCCACUUCUCCUGAUUUUAUGUUGUCAUGUUGUAAAAGGACAGGAAAAGAUCACGUUUGCCGAGCUGGAACCAGACCAUGUUGGCAGUUUUGCCAGUAAUGUUGGUCAGUGAUUCAUUUACUGUCGAUCGUGUCAGUGAUUAUUUGUGGCAGCUCUACAAGAGUGUGAAACCACAUUUGUCAUUCAAACACUGGUUACAGCAGUGCAGCACACUAAUGAGAGCAGUUUGUUUGGGAACCUUUGUGGUUCAAUGAAAACAAGAACUAUCAUUUGUGGAGACGUAGACGGGCAGAGGUUACAGCUGAGCUGGAUCAACACUCAUGGAUUAUGUUGCUAUGCUGCUUCAGCUUGAUCCAGAGGAAGGCAGAGGUUACAGCACUGAGACCAGGAUCCAGAUAGUAUCAUGGGCGGACUGGGACCAAAAAUCGGCCCUGGCAUUUUGGACCAGUAAAUAUAUAUAUAUAUCGGGACUUUUCGGCCCAAAUAGCACGUCGGCCCACCGGGCAAAUGCCCGGUAUGCCAGAUUGCCAGUCCGUCCCUGGAUAGUAUUAAGACCUCCAUGAUGACUUGAUCAGGCACAAAGCAUCUAAAGAAAAGAAUGUCUAAAUUCACGCCGUAACUCUGCCCCUCCACGUCUCACCACACACCACUUACUGUACAUUAUGAGAGUAUCUGAUCAGAUUAAAGGGCAGAGGCAGUGACACUGUGGGUCACAGAGGAUGUAUUAUGGCUGCAGGUAGAUGUAGUAACUAUACUGUAAACACACACACCUUUAUGGGGUGCUAAACUUUCAUUGUUCUUUAUUUCUCAGUAGGAGACGCUGUCUGUUUUUCUUUACAAUGUUACACAUGCUGCACUCUCGUCAUUAUUAAGGGAGCCACGCUGGACAUGAGAGUUGCUAAAUGAAACGGCAAAGUGUGCAAUAUCAGCGGUGUAAGUGUUAAGCGAGCGUGUAUACUCACUGUGUAUAUAAGGGCCCAAAGUGGCUGGCUAGGCAGAGGCCGGGUCGCACACCUUGACCUGUGCUGUCAGUCACAUGCUGUCACAGUGAGCUAUCUGCCACUAACUGUCUAACCCACACUCACUCACAGAGUGCCUCCCAGCCUGCUGGCAGCGUAUUUAUCUUUAUUUUGAAACAUUAUACUCUUUUAUCAUAUUUAUUAGUCUCAGUGUAAAUAUUGGUUUGAAGAUGACGUAAGAAAGACCUGUACACUGUUUUUAAAGACUGAUGUGUAAGUUUGGGAUGGGAAGAGGACUUGUGUAAAUGGUGUUUGUGUUGAAAGAUGUACCGAUUGCAUGAUUUAUAAACUAUUUUUUAUAAAAAA